CAAACAUCGACGAUCCUCUUUUGCUGAGAGAUACCAAUUGGAAACAGAGACGCAUAUACAGAGAAGAUAAUGAUCGAUUUUCCAUAUACUGUUGACGAUGGUGAGUAACACGACACAAGGAACGCCUGACUAUUUAUUGCUUUGKUUGUUGAAUCCUCCUCUAAUGUAGCGAUAAUCCAUUUCGGACGAUGAMUCAAUGAUUGCGAUUUUGUGCUUCCGUACUUUAAAUUCGUAUGGUUCGAAACCAAAAAUUUGCAGAGCCGACCGAGGACUGGAAAGUSGAGCAGGUAUUGCACUGGUGGUUGCUGAGAGCGAAUGCCGAGAGCGAGGCGGAAUACGAUAGAAUCGUGGAAGGACUAUCGAAACAACUCGACGAUGGCAAAAAAGAGUUAUGGGAGGCACACAAACAGGUCUCGGAAAUUAUUGGAGAAAAUGACACCAACAAUAGACACGAAAAUAGCGAGAAUGUAGAGAACCAGAGUACCCAUAGCAACUACCAGAACCAGAAGCCCGCAAUCAAUAUAGAGAAAAAGAACAGCAAACGACAAAUCAACCAGCAACCGGAAGUGAAACCGGUGAAAGCAAUAGCAGUGCCAGUGGCAUCGUCUAGAGCCACGAGGAGCCGCAAGACUGCUCCCUCCAAAGAGCCUGCUGCCGCGAUAACGUCAGAAUCGGCAACAGCCAACAAGAGACCAGACACUAUCCACAUUGACAUCAUAGCAGGUCCCUACGAGGGAGCAUUUUACGACUUACAACCAAAAAGUCGGAGUCAUGCAUGGAUUGGAAGGUCUUCUUCCGCCAAAUUUAAGGAACGAGGCAUUUCUCUGCCACAGGAUCUAGAGGUCAGCACAUCGCACGGGCGUUUUGAGGUCAAGGGAGGGAAAUUCUAUUACACCGACGUUGCCUCGACCAAUGGCACCCGCUUGAAUGGAGAAGAAUGCGAACCGAACGUGCCCUAUGAGCUCUCUCCAAAGGGCAUGACGAUCUUGGCUGGACAAACGACCAUGAAGGUGACGCUUUUGAGCUUGGCAUAGAGUAUCAAAUACAASAUUUGUAUUCAUUAUAUCCUUCACGCGAACGAAUCUGCCAUGACUAAUUAUUUAUUUACCAUGCAUAAAAUUUGUCAUAAACA